AUGGUCACCAAGACACCCUCUGGAAACAAAAUUGCCCUUGUAGUAGGCGUGGACAAGUAUCUCAAUGGCACCAAGCAGGAUGGCCACGGCAUCAAGAAGGACGAUUCCGGCACUAGGAAAGAUGAAGAAGGCAAUCCUGUCUGCCUCGACAAUCUCUGCGGGUGUGAAAACGAUGCUCUCGACGUCAAGAGAAUGUUGGAGGCAAAAUUCGGGAUCACAGACACGACAGUCAUGAUCUCAUCCUCCUCUGUGACUGCAGAACUGCCAACCUAUCAAAACAUCAAAGGGGCCUUUGACAAGGUCACCAACACCGCACAGAAAGGGGACUUGUUCUUCUUUCACUUCUCAGGCCACGGUGCAAGGCUCAAUACCAACCGCAGACCACCUACAGGCCAUGCCAAGGACCCCUCCUUGCUGCCGAUGGACUUUUGCCAGGGGCAGCCAGCGAUUCGUGGAUGGGUGCUCAACCAAUGGCUCCAAAAGCUCCACGGGAAGGGUGUCCAAGUCGUCGUCAGCCUUGACAGUUGCUAUUCCGGGGGUGCUUGGCGGACGGACGGAAGGAAGCGAACCACGGACGAGAACUGGAAAGCCCCGGUAAACCUUCCGGUAGAUAAAGAACAGGCCUCGAGUGCCGGUUCUGUCGUUUCUACCGACCGCAACUCGAUCCCAAUCGACUCAUGGGGGAUAAAUCCCUACAACUUCACUCUUAUGGCUGCCUGCAAGCCCAAUCAACCGGCUCAGGAGUGUCGUCAGGAUGACGGCAAAAUUCAUGGAGUUUUCACGAGUGCCCUGGUGUCGCAUCUCGAUUCUGAUACUCCACUGAAGACGUAUCGGACUGUCUGCGCAGCGAUCAACGCUACGUUCAGCCGCCCAGCCAGGAACAUCACACAAACGCCCGAAGUGCACGGACACGAUAGGCUCCAAGUCUUUGGAACGACAGAGCCAUGUUGCCCGAUGUUAUUGUACGUGAGAGUUGGCGACAGAUUGGUUCGCAUUCCGGAAGGAGAAAUCCACGGGGUGAACAGAGGUACAGAGUACACUAGGUUGUCCAAGCCCACCGGUCACAAGCUCGUCGUUGACGAGGUGGAAGACACCUAUUGUCUUGUUAAGAUGCCUAAAGAGGACCGGUCGGUGUGGAACACAGGCGAUGAGCUGUAUCGGUCGAGACUGAGCACAUCUUGUCUUUUCCGAGUGCUUGUAGACCCAGGUCUGCCAAGCGCUUUCACGAGCUCUCUCUUGAAGACGCUCAGGCAGCAUAUUCAAGGGUCCGUCGAGGCUGUCACGGCAAGCUCGCAUACAGAUCGCAGCACGUCAGCGGUAGAGUUGAAGCGCACGAAUGAUGGAAUCGAGUUGCUCAAGCUACACCCAGGAGGAGUGGAGACAGUCCCCGGGUUGGUAUUGUCGUGCACCAACGAUCAGGAAUGUGAGCAACUCGUCGCACCAUCGGCCUCGGCAAUUGUUCAUUUGUUCCGCUAUCAACAAAUCCUUGACCUACGCACACUCGCGUCCAAGACUAAGCCUCCCUUUACUGUCAAAUUCAUGGACGAGGAACGAUCAAGAGAGCUUUCCAACGGCCAGAGUGUCCCUUCCUGUAUUAAGGUCCGCCUCGUCUUCACAAACCGGUCCGACGCAACACUCUACUUCACGGUCCUGUCUUUCGGUCCCGGACACCAAGUCAAGCAGCUGUACCCUGGUUCUCCUCAAUGUUCCUGCAGUGUUGUAUCAGAUGGCAGCAACCAGGAUUGCCUUUUCAAGCUUGAAUUGCCAGAUGAGCUCCAGAACGGCUUUGGCAAAGAUAUGCUCAGGACUGUUGUCACAGAUUCUAGCAAUGUUUCGCUGAAGAGUUUGGAGAUGCCCGAUAUCUGGAUCAAGGAGCAGAAGUUCCACAGUACCGGAGGUACAGUUCGAAAUGCGGAGCUGAUACAGGAUCUCAAAUGGUGGAUAGAUGAUUUUGAGGUGGAGGUGUUGACGGAAGAUUGA